AUGGAGGAAAUUUUCGGUGACGGAGGAGGAGUUGCGACGCCGGUGCCGCUUUCGGUGUCGGGAUCGUUUAGAGAAGGGAGAGGCUCGUCGAGGAGACGUGGCUCGGCCAGACAGCCGAGCAUGGAGGCGGAUGAGUUCAUGAGUUUGUUGCACGGUUCGGAUCCGGUGAAGGUGGAACUUAAUCGUCUUGAGAAUGAAGUUCGAGAUAAAGAUAGAGAAUUAUCAGAAGCACAAGCUGAGAUUAAAGCGUUGAGGCAUUCUGAACGACUUAGAGAAAAGGCAGUUGAAGAGCUGUCUGAAGAGCUGUCAAAGGUUGAUGGGAAGCUAAAGUUAUCAGAAUCUUUAUUAGAAAGCAGAAAUCUUGAAAUAAAGAAAAUCAAUGACGAAAAAAAAGCAUCAAUGGCAGCUCAGUUUGCAGCAGAAGCUACUCUUCGAAGGGUUCAUGCUGCUCAAAAGGACGAUGACAUGCCUCCGAUAGAAGCAAUUCUUGCCCCUUUGGAGGCUGAAUUAAAGCUUGCUCGGCAAGAGAUUGCUAAACUACAAGAUGACAACAGAGCUUUAGACCGUCUUACCAAAUCCAAAGAAGCUGCACUACUUGAAGCUGAAAGGACUGUUCAGUUUGCCUUGGCUAAGGCCUCCAUGGUGGAUGAUCUCCAAAACAAAAAUCAAGAGCUGAUGAAACAGAUUGAGAUUUGCCAGGAAGAAAACAAAAUUUUGGACAGAAUGCAUAGACAAAAGGUGGCAGAGGUUGAAAAGCUCACCCAAACUGUGAGGGAACUAGAAGAGUCGGUCCUUGCCGGUGGUGCAGCAGCAAAUGCAGUGAGAGAUUAUCAGCGGAAAGUUCAAGAAAUGAAUGAAGAAAGAAAAACUCUUAAUAGGGAAUUGGGCCGUGCCAAGGUAACAGCAAACAGAGUAGCUGUUGUGGUUGCAAAUGAAUGGAAAGAUGCUAAUGAUAAAGUCAUGCCUGUUAAACAAUGGCUUGAAGAACGACGAUUCUUGCAGGGGGAAAUGCAGCAACUCCGUGAUAAGCUUGCUAUAGCUGAGCGCACUUCAAAAUCUGAAGCACAGUUGAAAGAAAAAUAUCAAUUACGGCUUAAAGUGCUUGAGGAGAGUUUGAGGGGCAAUUCUAGCGGCAGUAGUCGCAGCACUAUAGAGGGAAGAAGUAUAAACAAUGGUUAUUCUCGUCGCCAAUCACUAGGUGGAGCUGAUAAUAUCUCAAAACUAACCUCUAAUGGAUUCUUGCCUAAGAGAGCACCAUCUCCUCAACUCAGGUCAUCAUCUCUAUCAUCUAGCUCAAUAUUGAGGCAUGCUAAAGGAACAUCUAAAUCUUUUGAUGGUGGCUCAAGGACACUUGAUGGUGGCUCAAGGACACUGGACAGGAGUAAAACGUUGCUGAGUGCAGCACCUCAAAGUUACUCAUUCAACCAAUCUCUCGAAGAAACCAAAGAAAGAGAGGCUGAUGAUAAUUGGAAAGGAAGUUCAGGUGAUAAGCCUAAUGACUUCCCACCAGGGGAUACGGAUGAUAGUAUUCCAAGUGUUUUAUACGACCUCUUGCAGAAAGAAGUUAUUGCCUUGAGGAAAGCUGGUCACGAGAAAGAUCAAAGCCUAAAAGAUAAAGAUGAUGCCAUUGAGAUGUUAGCAAAGAAAGUAGAUACGUUGACCAAAGCUAUGGAAGUUGAAGCAAAGAAGAUGAGAAGAGAAGUAGCUGCCAUGGAAAAGGAGGUAGCUGCUAUGCGUGUCGAGAAAGUACAAGAGAACAGAGCAAAGCGGUUCAGCAAUAUAAAGGGUCCUGUAAACAGUGCUCAAAAUCAGCUAAUUUCUGGAAGAAAUGUGACACGGGGAGGAUUAACACGCAGCACCCAAUAA